UCGGCAAAAACACGAGUCAAAAUGGCGGCUGCUCAACAGCGAAACAGUCGGAAGCGUGUUAGCAAGUGGGAUAACCCACCAGAAAAUGCCAGUUCACCAGCAGAAGCGGCACGAAAAGCUGCCAGAAAGCUUAAUGAAAUGUUGGCUGCAAAGGGGAAGCUGACCACGAAUUCAACUCCACCAUUAUUGCCUCCUAAGUCUACUGCUGGUGUGAUAAAGCCGGUUAAUUUAGCAAGUGUUGGAGAUACAAGUAAAACAAAUCCUCAUAAUCAAGCAUCAAAUAUACCAUCAGGGAUGUAUUAUGUUCAAGAAAAGGUUUUUGUUGGACUAGAUGAUGUAGAUGCUCAAUUUAACCUAAAAGAAAAAAUUCUGGGACCAGGUGAGAGUUAUUUUCAUCAUAUCACCAAAGAAACUGGAGCUAAGGUUCAGCUUCGAGGAAGGGGCUCAGGCUUUAUUGAACCUACAUCGGGACAGGAGGCAUUUGAAGCUCUCUAUGUUUAUAUUAGUCAUUCUAACUAUUCUGGUCUUGGAGCUGCUAAAAAACUAGUUGAUAAUCUUAUCCAAACCGUACACACUGCUUAUCAACAGUAUAAAAGUCAGCAAACCUUGUAUCAUCUAAAUUCUAGAGAUUAUCCGACACAAAAUAAGGCUUCACCACAAUCUUCAUACGUGUGUAAUAUGCCUCAAACAUCACAAUAUGAUCCGCCGCCACACUCUGGUCCACCUGUUCCCUCCUAUCCAUCAUACCUGUAUUCUCCUCAUAAUCCACACCCUCAACCUUAUUAUCAAUCCCAGAAGCCUCACUCAAACACAAAUGUUGCCAUUAAUCAACAGAUACCAUCUUCUCCCAUCAUUUAUCCUAGUUCACCUUAUUUUAAUGAAGGUCCAAAAGCUCUAAUGGAUCAGUUUAUACCUAAGCCCCAAAGUACACCAUAUACACCCGAAUCACCUACACAAAUCGAUUCUCGUCCUUAUUCCCAACAAUCCAAUGGUAGUUCUACAUCAGAAUCUGAAAAGUCUGAUAACAGCAAGGAAACUGUGAAAGCGUCAGAUACAUUUGAGAUAAAACCAAGCGAAGAAGCACUUAAAUCUGCAAAAAGACGAUUUACCGAGGCACCAGCUAAGACAUCUCGUUCAUUUCCUGCAUGUGAAACGUCACGUGAUCACGACAAGAGAUCUGUGUCUAGUUUAGAUCAACUCUCAACUAACUCUUUAUCCUCUGGCACUGACGAAACGACGACUGCCUCUGGUACUGUGCAUUCCCCAGUACUUUCGGCUAAACUGAUAAAAACGAAAGAUAAUAGUGCUUCCAACGAAACUAAUGAUGAAAACAUUGAUUGCUUUAAAAUGCCAUCUUUACCAGUUCCCGCGGUAAAGCCAGGUAUCAGAAACAACUCUCCAGUUGUCAUAGCGAUAUCAUCUAAGCGUAAACGCGAGGAUUCUAAGGACGAUGUGACUGGAAAGAAAUCAAAUACAAAAUCAACUGGUUUUGCUUUGCUUGGAUCUUAUGAUGAAGACUCAGAUGAAGAUUAGUAAAUCUUUUUUUAUAUAAGUAUUUAAGAAUGUAAGUUUUAGGAGUUGGGUUAUGCCCCUGUGGAUUUGAGUUUGCGUGUUGUUUUGUGUUUUAGUCGAGGUGGGGUGGUGUUUAUACUUUCUAGAAUCGUCGACUUAAAUAUUGAUGUUCGAGGAGGCACGGUUUCUUUUCUAUACUGAUGCUUAAUCAUCAUAAUGGACCCGUGAUAUAAAUGGCGUCUUUGACGUCUCGUCUUCACACUUCUCACAGACCUUCACGACAGCACUGUUCUGGAUCUGAUAGUUUUCUGCUGUGUAUCAACAACAGACUUGCGACCAUUCUCGAUGUAUUAUUCGUGCUCGACAAAAUAUCUUUAAUAAAUGUUGUGAAUUCACAAAUGUAAAUUUAAAAAUCCAA